AUGUGGGCUGUAAAGUAUGUUUGGGAGGAUGUAUGUAUGGUUAAGGAUGGGAAGGGAACAAGGUGGAGUGUUCCACAAGCCAUUUGGGUAGGUUUUGAUUGGCGGACUGAUGUUGUUAUAGCCAAGAGUCCCCGUAGAGUUUCGCCUGUACGCCGGUCUUCAUGCCUCUGCCAGUCUACCUUGACCACGGCCUCUAUAAUGUGGAGUGGUAAGACUGUUGUGAGGCUUGAUUUGUUUUCAGUUGUUAAUCAUCAACCGGAACUGCAGGCUGCAAGAAGGGUGAGAUUAACGAAUUUUGUUUCAAGAGCUGCCGCUUUUGCUUUCUUGUUGCUAAGGAAGAUUUUCUCAAGUUUCAGCCAUGUUUUUCUAGCCGUAGCUUCAGUGUCAAGGAUGCGGGUGAGCAGUUCAUCAGACACGGUUUCCGAGAAGGCUGAAUUUGGUAGAAGUUUAUUUGAAAGACUGGUACUCAUGGGACACAACAAACACCUUCUAAAUGUUCAGUACAGAAUGCAUCCAUCAAUAAGUUUAUUCCCGAAUAUGGAGUUUUAUGGAGGACUGAUUCGUGACGCUCCAAUUGUUAAAGAAAGAAGCCAUGAGAAGUGUUUUCUUCAAGGAAAAAUCUAUGGCUCUUACUCUUUUAUAAAUGUUGCUUAUGGACAUGAUGAUUUUGAUGAUGGGUACAGCCGAAAAAAUAUGGUAGAGGCAGCUGUUGUUUGUGAAAUAGUUGCAAAGCUUUUGAAAGAAUCAGCUGCCACAAAACAGAAACUAAAUGUUGGUGUUAUUUCACCUUACAAAGCUCAAGUUCAUGCAAUUGAGGAAAAACUUAAAAACAAAACCUGUUCCAUUACCAAUAGUGGCUUCUCUGUGUGUGUAAGCUCUGUAGAUGGAUUUCAAGGCAGCGAGGAAGAUGUCAUCAUAAUAUCCACUGUCAGAUGUAAUUCAAUGGGAUUGGUGGGGUUCCUUUCCAAUCGUCAGAAAACAAAUGUGGCUCUAACCCGAGCAAGGUAUUGCCUUUGGAUAGUGGGAAAUGGAGCAACAUUAAUUAAUAGUGAUUCUGUUUGGGAGAGAUUGGUCAAUGAUGCCAAGGACCGAGGAUGCUUUUAUAAUGCUGAUGAGGAUGAGAUCCUGGCUCAGGCUAUAACAGCCGCCUUGGUUGAGAUUGACCAACUUGAUCAAUUGCUUAAUAUGGAUUCAAUACUGUUUACAAAAGGGAGAUGGAAGGUCAUCUUCGAUGAUCAUUUUUUGAAGUCUAUUGCAAGGGUUAAGAGUAGUGAGACCCGUAAACUAGUGGUUUCAAUUCUGAAGAAGCUUUCAAGUGGUUGGCAUCAGCCUCACAACUACAGAGAUCUCAGAGUCAUAAAUGUGGUUUCUUCUCCUCUUUUAGAUGUGUAUAAGGUUGAUGCUUCACUUUACCUUGUCUGGACCGUUGACAUUGUCAAGGAAAAUGAGUAUUAUAUUCAGGUUCUGAAAGUCUGGGAUCUUUUGCCUUUGUCUGGGAUACCAAAUUUAGAAGAACGUGUUGCUGUCUUAUAUGGAAAAUAUUCAGCAGAUGAAAUUGAGCUGUGCAAGUUCAGAUGCGUUGAAGGGAACUUACAUGUUCCAAUGACAUGGGCUAUCCAUUCAAAGGAGCUUGUAAAAGAUGAUGCUAUCGAGUUACUCUCUUUUCAAUUUGCUUCACUUAAUCUGCGGGAUCAAUCUGAGGCAUCAGCUAAUUGUCAUAGGUAUCGAAAAUAGGUGCUUAUUACACCCACAUGGUAAUGCGAAACAUGAAACAAUAGCUUCUCACACAAUGUAAAUGUACGGAGGAUCACAGUAGCUAUGGUACAUUACAAGCCUAGUGAUAUUUUGAUAUACUGCUUUAAACACCUUUCAAAUGUGUAUACAUAAUUAGAUUUCAAUUGUUUUGGAUGAUAGAAAGAAGGUAGAAAACCCCUUUCCGACUCUUCCUCUCUCGCACCAGUCAUUGCUUAUGCUGAAUUGGUGAAGUUUGUAGUAGUGGAGUUGAUAUUAGUUUCUGGUGAUUUCUCUUCUGAUUGAUAGCUUUUGAAGUUUGCAAUGGUGGGAUUGAUGUUUCAAGUUUGAAAACAGGCCUA